AUGCCUCCGAACACCCCAGAAGCAGAAUCCUUCUCCAUCCCUGUGCAUCCUCAGCAUGUUCCUUACGAGGAAGGCCAGGAUCACUGUCGGAUAUGUCGCGGUGAAGCCACCCCAAGCCAGCCUCUAUUCUACCCUUGCAAAUGCAGUGGUAGUAUCAGAUUUGUUCAUCAAGAAUGUCUCAUGGAAUGGCUCGCCCAUUCCCAGAAGAAAUACUGCGAACUAUGCAAGACUUCUUUUCGCUUCACCAAACUCUACGACCGUUCCAUGCCUGCCGCCCUACCUUUCCCUCUUUUCAUACGGCAGCUCGCGAGACACGGAGCAAGAACCGCAUUGCGAUAUACACGUUAUCUCAUCGUUGGUCUGAUCUGGAUCUGCUGUCUGCCGUGGUGCAUAAGACAAAUAUGGCGCGGUAUGAUCUGGUUCGCCGAUGGAAAUUGGCUGGAUGAAGACCACACGCAGUCUAUGCUCAAUAAUACAGCAACCGCGGCGUCGAACGGCUCAUCGUAUAAUGUUACCGCCACAUCAGCGCUGAAUGAGUAUCUCGAGCAGAUAAAGCUGCCGCUUCCUCCCAUGCAGUUGUCUUUGGCAGAUAUCGUCCGCGUCUUUUUGAGCCAGGGCUUGAUAGCACGGGUCGCACAACUCUUUCUCUCACUUUUCCUUCCCGGUUGGAAGAGACGGGGUGCUUCUGCAGCUGCAGCUCCUACUACGCAGCCUGUGAGAGCACCACGACGACCUCCGUCUCUACUCUCCGACGUUGAAUUUCUCAGUCAUCUUACAAACGUCCCUACAAUCAAUGCAAUAUGUAUUGACGUUGUUGAGGGUCAGUUGAUAUGUGUGUCGCUCGUCACCGCAUUCAUUCUCGUUUUCCUGAUCAGAGAAUGGGUAAUCAAUCAGCAACCGAAUCUGAAUAUGCCAGACCCUGAUCUGGUCGAUGCUGUCCCUGAACCACAGCAACAAAACCAACCGCAGGAGCUGAAUGACCAAGUCCGUCCUGAGCAGAACGCAGAAGUCCUGGUUCCCGAGCAAGGCCAAAGGCCCAUUAUCAUUCCUCGCCUACGGCACGUCCUAACCGAAGACAACAUUGUAACAGACACAGGGGAUGUCCUCGAAAGACCAAACGUACCAAACAGAUCACAAAGUCUCAUUCAUGACGGUUCAGCCCAGCCAGACCGAGACGUUGCAGGAGGGGAGAGCUCGGCCAGUGUUGAUGAUACAGAGCCGGGACCUUUCAGAAGACACAGCUUGAGUAACUCUAUCCUCAUUCAGCGCAAUUUUGAGGUCGUUUCUGGCAAUAAUGCAGGUCAAGGCGAGAGGUUUCCAAUCCCCUUCGAAUAUUCGCAUUCUUCCAAUGACGAAGAGUUCUUCAAUACCCGACCAUUAUCUGACAUUGAGGAUCACCAUGUCGGCACUUCUUCACCGCUAGCGCAGCACACCGCACCCAGCGAUAUGAUAGAUCUCCCGGAAGACGAUAUGGAUUCGGAUGGUCUCAUCCUCCCGACACCUGAGUCGAGUGAUACUGAGCAGCCAAGUCGAGCAGUGGAAGUAACCACGAGCGAUAACCAUGAUUCAUCAAAUGGUAGUACAGGGGCCGAUCGACCAGAAGACCAUAAUUUAUCCAUCUGGCAGAGACUUGCACGCUGGCUGUGGCCUACUGAAAACUUUGAGAACAUACAAAUCUACCUCCAGGCUCAGGUUGAUGGCGCCAACAAUGACGAGGACGAUGAGCAGAUCAUGCAAGACGCUCUAGCUGAAGCCCCGUUUGUGCCCAACAACCAUAAUCACAAUCACAUGGAUCUCCCUCCCCAGCCAGCACCAGUGCUCGGACCUGCUGCUCCGGCAGCUCGUGAGCCAAAUAUUGUUCUCGGUGUCGACCUCAAUGAUCCCAACGCAGCAGAAGAUAUUGAAGAUUUAGAUGGAGUGCUCGAGCUGCUUGGUAUGGAAGGUCCGAUAUUUGGCAUGGUUCAGAAUGUCAUCUUCAGUCUUUUCCUCAUAACGAUCACUUUGUCCGCAAGUGUCUGGUGUCCAUAUGUUUGGGGCAAAAUUGCAUUGCUGUUUAUGCAUAACCCAAUCAUGCUGAUCAAAGCACCCCUAUUGGGGAUAUCAACCACCGCGGAUAUGAUAGUGGAUUGUUUCUUUUUCGUGGCCGGCCUUGGUGGCUAUUUCAUGAAUCAACCCCUCAAGGUCCUGAAAGCUCUCAUCUCACCUCUCUUCCCAGCGUUCGGCGGUGUUGUGGACUCUGCCCGGCUGGAUGUCCUUACGCUCGACAUAAGUCAGAAGAGUGGUGCGCGGCUGGAGAAAGCCUUGUCAGGUGCAUUCCUCAAUCUCAAGCCCGACCUACCCACCUUCUCUAUCAUGGCUCACCAUGCUCUACUUUCCUACAAAGCUUCGAUUUACUAUGGUGCUGAGCAACUAGCAUCUUCUCUGCUCUGGGUUCAACAUGCCGUCUCUCGACCAUCUUUCUCUUCGAAAGUACUCGUUGGUGCCCUGUUUCAAGCACUUCGAUCCGUUCCACAACUUCUCCAGAAGACUCCGCAAGCUAUCACGGACACUCUGAACGCUCUUCGCUAUGUUCCUCAAGACUUGUUGAAUAUAUCACCCAAACCUCCGUUGGAGGUUGACCCAUCUCUGGUCACGUGGAGCACAGAGGACAGGAUCAUUACAAUCUUGAUUGGUUACGCCUUUUUCGCUGCUGUUGGAAUCGCUUUCCUGGAGCUUGCGCAUGUGUUCUUGGGUCUCAGAGACAACGAGAAAGUCGAAGGGUAUCUUGCCGAUAGUCUCAGGCAAGCCGGAGGCGUCAUGAAAGUGGUAGUCAUCAUUGGCCUGGAGAUGUUGUUGUUCCCACUCUAUUGUGGCCUUCUGCUGGACGUGGCGCUCUUACCUUUGUUUGCAGAUGCGACCAUCGCUGGCAGGAUUGCCUUCCUUGCACAAGCACCUUUCACUGGGGUCUUCGUCCACUGGUUCAUCGGAACCUGCUACAUGUUUCAUUUUGCGCUCUUUGUAUCCAUAUGUCGGAAGAUCAUGCGGAACGGCGUUCUUUAUUUCAUUCGAGAUCCCGACGACCCUACAUUCCAUCCGGUACGCGAUGUACUCGAACGACCGGUACCUGCUCAAUUGGGAAAAAUCGCAUUUUCGGCGUUAGUUUAUGGCGCUUUGGUCAUUGUGUGCCUUGGAGGCGUGGUGUGGUCUUUGAAGUGGGUUCCUGGAAUUUUACCAAUUCAAUGGGCGACUCCUGAACCAAGGUUGGCGUUCCCGGUGGACAUCGUAUUCUACAACUUCCUGCUAAGGUAUAUCCUACGAAAAGUUGAGCCCUCUAAAAAGAUUUCGGCAAUGUAUGAGUGGUGGUUUCGAGGUUGUGCUCGGAAUUUGAGGUUGACAAAUUUUCUAUUUGGAGAGGAGGCAAAGGAAGAAACAUACCGCACUCCGGGCUGGUUUUCCGUUCUUCUCUCGGGCAACGACCCAGAGUCUAACAAUACUCAGGACGGAACUUAUGUUCGUGCUCCGGCAUCAGACUCUGUGCGCAUGCCUAAGGGACGCAGUGUCUUCCUUCCGGUUAAUGAGCAGAACGAACGCGUCGAUGGACAACCUGAUCAGGACUUUGGAGAUCACGGAAAGAAGGAUCCGCGAUUCACCAAAGUGUACCUACCUCCUAAGUUUGGGGCUCGUAUCUCAACAUUCAUCUUUCUGCUCUGGCUGUUUGCUGCGACCACGGGCGUGGCCUUCACUAUUGGACCUCUCCUGGUUGGACGGGAAGUGCUCUAUUUGCUUACCCAGUCUUCGCAGCCUCCGAAUGACCUCUAUGCCUUCACAACCGGUUUGCAGAUUUACACGGCGUUGGGCUCUGCCAUUGUUUACGCUCGUCCUGCAUGGACUUAUAUCAAAGGCAAGAUUCCACAAUCAUCAGGGUCACAAAUACUCGCCAUGGUGAAACAUGCUCUCGGCAUAGGAUAUCUCCUCACCUUCACCUUAUUUGUCCUGCCAUUUGUCCUUUCUCUGAUCUGGGAGCUGUAUGUCCAUGUCCCUCUGUUGACGUAUGUGGAAUGGGCCCACAAGGAACAGCCUUCUAUUGAAAGACCAAAACUGGACAAACACAGUGCGACCAUUUACAUAUUACAGUCUUGGGUAAUGGGACUGCUCUACUUGCGACUGCUAUAUCAAAUACUCCAGCAUUACCUGGGUCCCGGGUCGCGCGUCUGUACUGCCAUGGCUGCCAUCGUGCGUAAUGGUAUGUUUCAACCGGAUGUCAACCUCGCGAGUCGUUCCUUCGUCUUGCCUGCCAGCGCGCUCUGUGUCGCGUUACUCACAGGCCCUCUCGCCGUUGCGAAGACUGUCAACAUCCUUGGGCGUAUCCAGGACCAUGAGGUGCAAAGACUCGUGUACAGAUUUGCAUAUCCCUGCGGCUUUGGCAUGGCGCUGAUAUGGCUUGGGUGGCUAGGAUUGAAGGCACAGAUAACAAGUUGGAGGGCGAGGAUUCGCGAUGAGGUGUAUCUUAUUGGUGAACGAUUGCACAAUUUCCACGAGCCGAAGCCUAGCCAGGCCGUCGAGGGUAAAGCAAAGGUCAAGAAUUUAUGA